CGAUGGUGCUGCACAGCCUCUAGAACGGGUACCAGGUAUGCUCACAUUCGAACACACAGCCACCGAUCCAAUGGUAUCAUAGGCGGCUGUGAUGCAGAAAGCUCAGCCCUUGGACCAAAAGCAGAAACAUUGGACUCUGGAAGUGACAGGUAGUAGCGAAGCUGCGCCAUGACUAGCAAAUGGUCCUUCCCAAUGCGCUAUGAGCUCACUGUUUGAUACGGCAACACGUAUUCACCCCUCCAAAGAAAGGAAGUGAAGGCAGCCCCUCAUCCUUCCAACUUUAUCUAUAAAACAUAACCUCAGGUUUCCUUCUCACUUUUUCCUCCCCCCUGAAUAUCAACACUCAUCUUUGCAUCAUGUCAUACAAUAACUACAACAGUCACAGCGGUGAAGCUCAAGGCUACUACGGUGGUGGCCAGCAACAACAGCAGCAGGGCUAUGGCUCUGAAGCUCCACCAAACCAGUACGGUAGUGAAGCACGCUACGGCGGUCCUCAGCAGCAUAACAACCAGUAUGGCGGUUCCCAGCAACAUGACAGCCAGUAUGGCGGUCCCCAGCAAAGCCAGUACGGCAACGAGCAACGUUACGGCAGUCCUCCUCAGCACGACCAAGGAUACGGUGGCUACCAGCCCCAGCAGCAAAGCUAUGGUCAACCUCAGCAGCCCUUGACCGCCCGCGACGAAUACCCCUCCCAGACGCACGGCGGUUACGGCGGUAACACUUCCUACCAAGGCUCCGAAUCUGCCCCUUACGCCCCUGCUCAACCUUCAUACGGUGGUCAAGCUGGAGUCGAGGGUGAUCGUGGUAUGAUGGGAGCUCUUGCCGGCGGCGCAGCUGGCGCGUAUGGAGGUCACAAGAUGAACCACGGCAUCAUCGGUGCCAUUGGUGGUGCCUUUGCAGGUUCCAAGCUCGAGGAUUUUGGCAAGGAUCACAAGAAGAAGAAGGACGAGGAGAAAUACGCACAACAGCAAGGCUACGGCGCUUCCGGUAACUACGGUAGACCUAGCAGGAGAGAUAGUAGCUCCAGCUCUAGCAGCGACGACAGCAAGAAGCACCAUAAGAGACACUCUCGUUCUCGCUCGCGAUCCCACUCGCGCAACCGUGGAGGCUACCAAACCUCUAGACGAGGCAACUUCAGCGAGAGCUGCCGCGACAUCUCGAUCGACUACAACACAAUGGCACUCAAGGCGCUCUGCAGGCGUACCGACGGCUCCGAACACGAGUCCUAUCUGCACUUGAACGACGUGCUCGGCAACCACGACGGUAGAUUCGUCUGGGGCAGAGGUGGAAACUUCGCUGGCAGUGUCAAGGAGGGCAAGAUCUGGCUGGCCGAGGGAGGCAGAGCUCUGUGCGCUGUCCUCGGUGAUGGACGUGGUGGCUGGAACGAGCAUGCCUCGAUUGAGCUGGACGAGAAGAUUAGCAACGAGAACGGCCAGCUCACUUUCUUGGGUUAA